AUGCUCUAAUUUGAUUAUUUAGAGCCCGGGCUUCAUACAAACCGCAGAUCUCUCUCCAAAUCACCCCGUGAGUAACGUUUCUCACCCAUAUCUUCUAUCUCUCUCUCUGUAAAUAUAGUAACCUUAAUUAAUAGGCGACAGACCUGCACCUCCUCUCCCCCUCUCUUUCUAAAUAGGUGCAGAGCCAUUAAUCUCUCUCUCUUGAACGCAGAUAUAAACACAGAUAAACCUUCGACCAACACCAAAUUCCCAAUCUCUAGCAACAUGGGAACCCAACACCGCCUCUUCUUCACCUGCUUCUCUCUCUUGUUGGCAACAUUUGCCAUGGCCUCAGCAAGGGAGGCUUUCACUGGAGGGUACCAGCAAGUGCAGGCCAACGAAAUCCACAUUCAAGAUCUCGGCAAAUACGCCGUCUUGGCUUACAAUAAACAGAGUGGAGCCAAGUUAUCUUUCAUCUCUGUUGUGGAAGCGAAGACACAAGUCGUAUCAGGAGCGAAUUAUAAGUUGGCAAUCCAGGCUCUUGAAGAUCCAUUCCUUAGGGUUUACAAGGCCAUUGUGUGGGAGAAGUCAUGGCUGAAAUACAGGAAUCUCACUUCCUUUGAAGCAGUUCUUGCUUAGUUUUAAGUUUUCAAGGUAUUGAAAGGGUCUUGGAUCUCUCUGUCUGUAUGUUUCCUGUAAUGGGUUUUGUUUCUAUGAAAUAAUGAUACAUAGCUUUUUAUUGUGAA